AUCAUCAGAUUACCAAUGACUGGGGCCAACAAUCUGAGCACUUCAACUUCCUGUUACAGAGGACGCACAUACACACAUUCAUCUUGAAAUAUCGCUGUACAUCAAGACGGUGUCCAAGCUGCGAAGAGGAACACCCUGCUGGAAUGUCGACGCGUCAUGGUGAUCAUGCAGCGCCUGGGUCUUCAUCACCAGGGCCUGAUACGCUGCAAGCAUCAGACCACCCAGAAACAGUCCUCUGCCCUGACCCACAGAUCUCUGAGAACGUGACAACAGUCCUGGAGGGCAUACCAGAACCUGUACCAGAGGAGGACAACCUCACCUACCCCUCCAUGUCCCAGCACACGUCUACAGCAACUCCCGGUGCAGGAACUCAUGGCAGACCAGAAACAAAUCCAGUGUUGAAACUGCCUGGCAAUGACAAGAAACUAGUGCGUAAGACGGUAACCAUAUCCGAUGAAAUAGACGCUAUGUUCCUACGAUCUACGAAGGGGCGUUCGUAUGUUGAUGAGGUAGUACCGCGGAAUUGCUGCAAAAUUUUGGAAACCGCUGCAGGUCUUGAAGGGGCUGCAGAACUGAUGUCAGAUACACAAGUGCAACCGGAAAACAUGGAAUGGCCAAAGAUCCCACAUGAAGAGAGCGAAGACAACUUCCGGUCUCGACUUGCGUCGGUCAGGAAGCCAUCUCCAAGGAAGGUCGAGCUCGUCACAGGUUCAAUCGCCGAGUUAAAGGCUGAUGUGAUCGUUAACUCGACCAACUCAGAGUUGAAUUUGAAGGCCGGCGCUGUUUCCUCAAGUAUUCUACAGGGAGCAGGGAGCAAACUGGAGAAGAAACUAAAGAAACGCUAUAGUAAAGGGUUCCAGGACCAGACUCUUAUCAUCACUAAGGGGUACAAGCUCCAGUGUGCACAGAUCUACCACGUGUCUCUUCCAAACUGGAAUACAAGCGACGUAAUAAACAAAUUAAAAUUAACUGUCACGGAAUGUUUGGAGGAAGCAUCAAAGAGUAAAUACGCUCGUCUUCUCUUCCCCGCUCUUGGAGCAGGCAACCUAAAUUAUGACAAGAACACGACGGCCAGAACAAUAUACGAGACUGUGAACGAGUUUUGGAAAGAAAAUCCAACAACAACGCUGAAGUCCGUCACAGUCGUGAUUUAUCAUGGACAACAAGAUGUAGACAAGGCUUUUAAAGAAGAACAUGAGGCAUGUUACGGAAAACCCGUCAAGAGAAUCGGUCGCACACUGAGUGUCCAAGGCGAAACAGAACCUGAUGAUGAUGUGGCAAGAGGCGUGUUUUUCGGGAACGUUCGUUUCACGGUGGUUGAAGGUGAUAUCUUGCAGCAGAGAGUGGGUCUCAUUGUCAACGGAAGUAACAGCAAACUGGACCUCUCGAGUGGAGUGUUGUCAAACAAUCUGCGAAAGACGUUUGGAAAAGACCUGGAGAAACAGUGUAGAGAAAAAGUUGGCGACAUCGUCGACACCGGGGUUGCUGUCACAAGUGUGUCGGGCGCAUGUUUCAAGGCAGUGCUGCACUAUGACCCUCGUUUCUUCAACGGCAUUAGCGAGGUGUUGCCAGCGUUAUUGACAACGGCAGAAGAGCUGAAUUAUACAUCUCUGGCGCUGCCAGCUCUUGACCAAGGGCGCAGGCGUGGUAUAUCAAAGAAAAAGCUAGCGGAGCACGUCUUUAGUUCGCUGACCAAACACUCCGGCCUGCGGCAUCUACGUGAAGUCCGGAUGGUCAUCUUUCAGGAUCAUGAUCUCUACAACAGUCUGGUCAGCCUCUUCAACAACCAUGCGUGUUCAGCUACGAGAGAGGACGACGUACAACCUUUGGGACGGCAGGGGACCAAGGAUCAUGAAACAUCUACAUAUGAGGUUACAAUUUCCUCCGACAGUGCACAGAACCUUGACAAAGCCAUUGUGGAGCUGAUGUCGACUCCUGGGAUAAAGCAAGAAUCUUUCACCAAAACAUGUUUGAUGCACUUGACAGUUGAUAAGCUGAGAAGUCUGUAUGAUCAUGCAAAGACACACAGCGUAGGCAUCUCUGUGGACCGCAACCAUGGAGUUGUAACAGUGAAGGGGUUCGCGGAAGAUGUUUUCAACAUGAUGAAGCGCGUGUACGAAAUAUGUAAUGAGCUCCAAGCGUCCCAAAUCGAGGCUAAGGCCAUGCAGUGGUAUUAUAUUGACAUCCUAGAGAACGGGGAACAGGUAAAGGAGAAAUACGAUUCCGAUCUCAAUAAGGACAUAGAGCUAGCGUUCCGGAACAAAGCUGUGGAGCCCCUAUGUAAACUAACAACUGAGGACGGCGACAGAUACGUCAUCGACUUUAACGACAUGGUGGAGUACAGAGAAGGGAACAAGGACAACACCUCAGUUGUUGUCAGCAGAGAGAGUGUUAUUAAAACUCUAGCGAGUGACUUCGACCCCCCAGUCUCCUGGGAACGCAUGAACCCUGAUGAAGACGUUCUGGUCGUCCCCCUCAAGAAGCAGGACCCCCAGUACAGCCAUGUGGAUACCAUGUUUUCAGUAUCAAAGAUGGAAGUUGUAAAGAUCGAGCGCAUUCAGAACAAGACUCUGUACAAGCAGUUCGCCGCCAAGAGGACGCAGCUCGGAGUGCCUGAGACGCAACUCUGGCACGGAACUGAUGGUGAAGCAAUUCCCUCCAUCAACAAAGGCGGCUUCGACAGAAGCUACUGCGGUAAACAUGCUGCACAAUUUGGAAAUGGUGUCUACUUUUCUACAGACCCUAGCUACUCCACCAAUAACAGGUUCGCCAAAGCUGACAGUGCUGGCUACAAGUACAUCUACCUUGCGGACGUCUUGAUUGGGCAGUAUACCCAGGGGAAGAAAGGAAUGAAGGUUCCUCCUCCUAUAGAUCCUGCCAAGUCAGAUGUCCGCUUUAAUUCUGUUGUUGAUGAUGUCGAAAAUCCCCAAAAGUUUGUCAUCUUUAAUGACACACAGGCCUAUCCGAAAUACUUGGUUACCUGCAGAGUGGUGGAUGCAGCCUCAACAUCUACACAAUGAACAACAGAAACGUCCUUUCCCAUUAUGUGUCCACCACAUUUCCAAAAGAUAUGGACUUGUGACAUGUUGAAGUUAGCUCACCUGAACAUAUUGUGAGUGAGUGAGAGAGUGAGUGAGUAAGUUUAGUUUUACGCCGCUUUUAGCAAUAUUCCAGCAAUGUCACGGCGGGGGACAUCAGAAUGAACAUAUUGAGCUCACUCUGACAGGUUAAUAUGUGUUAUGACCAAUGACCAUUCCUUGUGACGCGCGAUAGACAUUUAACAGGUUAUCUAAAACAAGGCUUUAUUUAAGUAACCUGUUGAAGACAUUGUGAGGCACAGCCUUCAAAAACAUUGUUUUCGGUGUUUUGAGGGGAAGACGUACCUGCUUGGCAUUUUUCCGGACAUACUGAAUGUGUUUCAUGUUGUGAUAACCAGAUUAGAUUUCUUGGAUAUUUUACUGAUCACACGUAAUCAUAACUUAUGAUGAAGUUUUCAUAUAACAAUGUAAUGAUGGGCAGCAUACCAAGUGGUUUAUAGCAUACAAACCAGUCCACCAUAACACAAAGACUCCAUCAGCCAACUUUUACAACUCUGACUUACAACUUUUGACAGCCUCACUAAUUAUUUGUUUUAAAACAGAUGCACAUAAUCCAUAACAAGUUACACAGUACUAUUAAGGCACAGCAUACUCAUAAUAUUCUUAAAAUGAAAAAAAAAGAAGAAGCAAAAACUGGUGUCAACUUGAAGUAUUUAUUUCAACCUUUAGUUCAACAAAACAUCCAGACCCAAGGUUCAGAAGCUCACCUUCCAAACAUCUUUCACUUAUAGUUUAGGUAACUCUUGUUUUUGUUACCUAAACAUAAUUCUACAUGUUGAGGAAAUUUUCAAUACAGUAAAUGAAAUGAUUUCGCAAUUCAGGAAGGUUGGAUACAAUCAGAAGUCAUUAUAAAUUGCUUGACAAGAUGUCACAAGUGCCAUUGUUGUUUAGACAUUCAACACAGUUGGCAGGCAUGUCAAAGUAUGGCAAUGUUUUCUCUCUGAUUUCUUUAGAGGCUCUGUAAAUGGGUAAACCAUACACCUUUCUGGUCACAAUCUCAGUACAGCAAUAAGCUUCAUAAGGCUUUGCUUUCAAAUAUUUAAUGUUUAAAGCCAUUGUGCAUAAGUAAGGAGAAUGACAAGACUAAAUUCACCUGAGUCUUUUAUACUUAAACGGAUUGAGCAUGUUCCAACCGACUGAACACCCUAAGCAAAUUAAUCUAAAACCCAUAUUACAUCAAAUAUACAUCUAUCAUUCUGAGUGGAUAAUUUAUCUUAAUAUUGUUGUAUCCCUACAAAAGGAAAACAAGUGCUCUACCAGUCUCUGUGAGGUAGAAGAGCAACACAUGUUAACGACACAUUUUUCCUUCAUAAUCCCAUUAUCCUUAAUAAUAAAAUCAAUAUGAGUACAUCACAGUUCCUCAAUUUAUUUAUCGGCAAAUGUCAACAAAUGCUCACAUAUCGCAAGGUGAGCUCCAAUGUAAGGUAAGACAUCCAUCCGUCCUCAACAAUUUACAGCUUCACAACAGAAGCAACUGUUUACAGGUGCCAGACAUUCAGUCCACUUUCAUACAACUUUCCCUCUAUCAUGUACAAAUAGGAACCUUUUUCAAAGACAAAACAUAUGAAAAUAUCAUUUGUUGAGCUGGAUUUCACGACUGGCAGCUAAAGGAAGCACUAUUACCUGGAAGCUGAAAUUAUCUGAAAUUACUGAUAUAUAUAUAUAUUACUACCCAUAUAUUACCUAUAGGCAUUGCAUGCUCAGGCAUGAACUAUGGGUAUAGCCAAUAUAUGUCCUAUCUUAGAAUAUCAUGUUUGAAAGAGAUAUGAAUAUUUUCUUUGAAAUUUGAAUUUCCAUAUUAUAUUGAUUUUUUAUCAUCCACUAUUUUGUAUUAACUAUUGUAUAAUACUGGCUAAGAUGUAAGCCCUUUGUACAAAAUGUAAAAUUCAGUUAUUCUAAUGAUAUUUACAAUUCCCAUGCAUUGUCACACACUGGUUCAUAGUUUAUACAAUCUGAAAUAACAGUAUCUGUUUAUGUAAAGGAUGAAAAGAAAUGUAUAAUGAACAUGAACAAAAGUACAUGAUGUUGAAUUCACACAAACAUAAAAACUAAAGGCUAUAGAUCAGUCGGUCUCAAUUUCCUACUGACAGAUUCCUUUGGGUGCAAGAUAAAAUUGUAGGGAUAAUUAUGUUAAUGGACCAGCAGAAAGUGUACUGCUCUUGUAUGUCAGAAAUAUUUUCAGUCUGAUUGUAAUCAUUGAGUGUUACAAGAACUGAAAAUACUUGUAACAUGAAAUAAAUCAAAUGCCCUAA